AUUGGGGAAAACAAUUACGAAAAGCUAAGUCCUAAUCCCGCAAUUAAUCCCCCUUGUUCUCUUCUAUAUACGUACAGAGUGAUCGUGAAAGGAAAGGGAGAGAAAAAGAAAGUUGAAGGGAGAGGAGAGAGAGAGAGAGAGAUGGGAAGGGGAAGAGUGGAGCUGAAGAUGAUUGAGAACAAGAUUAACAGACAAGUGACGUUUGCGAAGAGGAGGAAUGGGUUGCUGAAGAAGGCGUAUGAGCUUUCAGUGCUCUGUGAUGCUGAGGUUGCGCUCAUCAUAUUCUCUAACCGCGGCCGGCUGUUCGAGUUCUGCAGUAGCUCCAGCAUGAUGAAGACACUUGAGAGAUACCAAAAGUGCAGCUAUAAUUCAUCAGAGACCGUGAUUCCAUCCAAGGAGACGCAGAACAAUUAUCAAGAAUAUUUAAAACUAAAAGCAAGAGUUGAAUAUCUACAACGGUCACAGAGGAAUCUUCUAGGAGAGGACCUAGGCCAACUGACCACAAAGGAACUAGAGCAACUAGAACACCAACUAGAAAUAUCUCUCAAACAGAUCAGAUCAACAAAGAGCCAAUUUAUGCUUGAUCAACUGUGUGAUCUCAAAAGAAAGGAGCAAAUGCUGCAGGAAGCUAACAGAGCUCUGAGAAUGAAGUUGCAUGAAGAUGAGCCAGAAAUUCCCCUCCAGCUAUCUUGGCCAGGUGGCUGCAGUGGCGGAAACGGUGGUGGACAUUGUGAUCGUCAACCUCAAUCAGAUGUAUUUUUUCAGCCCUUGCCUUGUGAUCCUUCUCUGCAAAUUGGAUACAGUCCAGUCUGUAUAGAACAACAAUUGAACACCGGAUCUUCUUCUCACAAUGUCAACGGCUUCCUUCCAGGAUGGAUGUGAUUAUUGCUUCAAACCUUCGAAAUAUGUUAGUCUUUUCAUCUUCUGCCUGCAGGGUUUUUAUAUAUUCUAUAUCUUCCAGCAUAGGGAAGAAUCAACUCAAAGAAAAUAUGAAUAAGAUAUAAUAAAGUUGAUAAAGCCUUUUGUAGCACAGCAUGUUGUGUAUGUAAUCAUGUAAUGUAUAGUGGAGCUGAUCUUGAACACAAACAAACAAGCAUUGAACCAAUCAAGGAUAUGUAUCAGUGUACCAUAUAUUCAUA